CACUACGAAAGGAUGAAGUAAAAUAACCAGACACACAACAGCUUUAUGGACAGAAUUGCUCGCUUUUAUAUCAAUGCGCAAAGUCCGAUAAGUAGAAAUGUAUUCAUUGACCACACAGCUCCCAUUAUGAUGUCGCUUUCUGUCACUAAUUCGGCGCGGAAAUUCUUUUUCACCGAGAGAUUAAUCCGUGUGCAAAGUACGCAGUCUGUCGAUCACUUCAGUUUGUGAGCACCUCUCUCUCUCUUGAGGACAUCCGGAUGCGAGUGACGUACGCAUUAGGCCUACUCGGACGAUCUGUGGAUAUAAUUUACAAUCAUACUAAAUUCUACCAUGGAGAUAUAACCUGCUUUAUUGAUCGAUGGGAGCUAACGACAAGUUCUACCGGAUAAUGGGUUUCCAAAAGAUAGAUAACCUGUUGUGGAUAAUAUUUAUACUCUUGAGUCAAGUCCAGUCACAAUGUACAGACAUUAAGUGGAAAACUACAGUCUGGAGUCCCGAGGAAGUCGAGGUUUCCCAUUCAACGGUCCCAUUGGAUGAUGAUGAUGCUAAAUAUUCUCUGCAUCUUCAUCUGAGUUGGAGUAGGCCUAAACCGAAUUUAACUUUAAUAGACUUUGACGGUUAUGCGGUGAGUAUUGAGGUUCGUGGCGAAGGGAUAAACAAAAGUUAUUCAUGUGAUCUUGAUGAAAAUGGAGGCCUGUAUUACACGAAUGAAACUGAGAUGGGGAUAGAAAUUAAGUUCAAUUACGAAUAUCAUAUAGAAUUUCAUCUUGCCAGCAAAAAACUAAACCAAAAAACUGUAUUGACUGGGAUACCUUACGAUUUCAAUGGUGCCGACUGCUAUCAAGAAACUGGAGAUCACGACUUUUGCAUUACUCAAGAUGCACAGUAUGUCAGUGCGCCGGUUGAUGUCCGUGUUGAGAACAUCACGAGGUCAUCGACGACGAAUUAUCGUUACGAAAUGUGGAUGUCGAUGUUUCCCCCAGCAAGCGUCAACAGUGAUGCAAUUAUGUGUUGUUAUAGUUUGACUAUUAUAUCGACAUUCGACGAAACCACAAAUGACUUUGAUAGGGUAAAUGUUGACACAAAACAACGUAUAUAUUUCAAUUUGAGCAGAAAUUUUACGAAAUACACACCCUAUGUUCUGACGGCAGUCGUGUAUGCAGAUGUCUCUGGUGAACAGUAUGCGAAACCAAGCUUGGAAUCGUCUUUUGAAUUUCAACUGCAGGAUUUUUUACGCGAGAAGGAUGGUGGCAAUUCUGGUCACACAGGCACUGUAACGGGAAGUAUUAACAUAUAUUAUACGUUAGUUAUACCUGUUCUCAUCGGAGCUAUAUUGUUUGCUACAUCAGUUAUCCUACUUGGAUUCUACACUCGGAGACAGAGAAUAAAGGCAGCAAUACCACAAUUUAAGCGCGAACCAGACGACAAUUUCAUUAAGUCUGCACAGGAUUACUUUGAAUAUCGGGAGGUUGAUCCUCUGUUUGCUAAAAAGGAGUUCGAUCGAGAUAUGUUGAAGAUUGAGGAGGAACUCGGAAGUGGUCAGUUUGGUGUGGUGUGUAAAGGUUAUGCUUGCGGAAUCGAUGGAGGAAAUGAUUACAUUCCAGUAGCUGUGAAAAGUCUAAAAGGCCAUGCAUCUCGCUCGAUGAAGGAAUACUUUCUUGAUGAGAUCAGAUUAAUCAUUGAGAUCGGUAGCCAUCCAAAUAUACUAGGAAUACUCGGUUGUUGUACUAUUGAUGAACCUUAUUAUCUUAUAACUGAAUUCAUGCAUUAUGGAGAUUUGUUUCACUUUCUGUUGAAGUGCCGUGAGGCCAAGUUUGCCCUGGAAGAUCCUAUAUUUCACUUAGUUUAUCAAAACCAAGUACAGAUUGCUCGUCAGAUCGCUCGUGGCAUGGAUUACCUAUCAAGUACACGUUAUUACCAUGGUGAUCUGGCGGCAAGGAAUAUUCUAGUAGGCCAAGGCCUAACAAUUAAAAUAUCAGAUUUUGGUUUAGCGGAUGAUAUCUAUCAGAGUGACUACAAGCACCUUGCGCCGGAUCGUAAGCGGCCAGUAAAAUGGGUCAGCCUAGAGACCAAUCUACAAGGAAUAUGCACCAUACAGAGUGACGUAUGGUCCUUUGGAAUUGUUCUGUACGAAAUAGCAACCCUCGGAGGAAUGCCAUACCCAGGGAUGCAAUCGAUUGAAGUAGUGGAGAGAUUGAAGGAAGGUUACAGGAUGGAACAGCCAGACAACUGUUCCAAUGAAUGGUAUCAAAUGAUGCUGGAAUGCUGGACAACAAACCCUUCGAAGAGGCCAAAGUUCAGUGAGCUGUACAGUCGAUUGGACAUAAUGCUGGUCGAUGAUGCUGUGGAUUACAUGGAGCCGUUAGAUGGCGAUGUAAACCAAAUUGUAUCUCUGGAAGAUGAUUUAGCUCUGGGAACAAGUGCUAGAAGCUAUACACCAGCGUCAUCAGAGGAUGCCGCUGCCAGUCAUGAAGUAUCUGAGGCUGAGCAAACAGACGGCAAUGAACAAGAAAAAGAAUGCUUUAUAGACAAUAUGUCAAAACAUGCAGGUACGGAUUCAGCAUUCUACGACGACAUUGGUUUCACGUAGUGUCAACUUGCAACUAUAUGACGUCAUAAAUGUGUGAUGAAAUUCAAAUGUUAUGAAGAGCUAUGCUGUAUACGGGUACACCUUGCUUCAGUUUGUUCAUAAAAACCAUGUAAAUAUCAAUGCGAGGGAAAAAAUGUACUGUGAACUAUUCAUUGCUGAGCGAUGAAAAAUUCGUGGUUGUAUAUAAUAUCAGUAAGCACCUUCACUAAAUGUUCCAAUGCAAAUUAUUGAUGAUUUGAUUACCAUUAAACUUUACAAUAUAACGGUGACGUUUUUACAUGGUGUGAAAUUGUGCUUUUAUCAGCAACCUGAACUUGUCGAUUUUAUUAGCUCCACGAUUGAUCCUACCCUACCUUUAACAGUAUGUACUGGUGCUUUGUAACUUUAAAACUAUAGAUGUACAGUGCUGAUUUAAGGAGCGAACAGCCUGAUCAUUUACAGAUUUUAAUACAUGACAUGGGUAUGGAUUAUUGCCAAUAAUCAGUCAUCAGAGUUGGUAAAAUGAACCACUUGGCUAAAAUCUAUGGUUUAGGUAUAAAAUUAAUGUAUUAAGGAAAGCUUGAAAUCAAGUCUAUUUUGGGAUCAUUUUGGUACAAACAUAUUAUUUUGGCCGGAAAAUCCGAGCCAGGCUCGGCUUUUUCGAGUUUUGUGACGGUCACGUUCGAGGUUUUGUGGUGGUCGGCUGGGGAACACAUUAAGUGCUUUUGUAUUACCUUAGCAGUAGCAGUUAUAAAUCAUCAAACUUUAUAGGUCUAAGUAUAUUUUUAUGUGCAGUCUAAUUUUACAUAGUCUAUUAAGACUAAAGUGGGCCAAUAUUAAAUUCAAUUGAGCCUAUUAUUAUUAGUUAGGCCUACAUUAGGUCUAUUAUAAUUAUCAUCACCAUAAUAACAUUAUAAUCAGCAUCAUCAUCAUCAUAAUCAAGAUCGUUAUUUAUUAU